UACAAAAGCGCACUCUCAAGUUCCAAAAAUAUCACCAAAACCCUAACAACAAAAACAACUCUCUCUACAAACUUUCUCUCUCUACUUUCAUCCUCACCACAAUGGCAACUCCUUCUCUGGACGAAGAAACCGCUAAGGAAGUCCUUAGACAGGUUGAAUUUUACUUCAGUGACAGCAACAUACCUCGUGAUAAUUUCUUGAGAAACACAAUCGAAUCCAGUGAAGAUGGCUUGGUGAGUUUGGCUUUGAUUUGUUCGUUUAAGAAGAUGAAAGGUUACUUGAAAUUAAUGGACGUAAAGCCUGAAGAAAUACCUGAACCUACUGUCCAGGCUGUGGCAGAAACGUUGAGAAAAUCUACCUCUCUUAAAGUUUCUGAAGAUGGUAAGAAAGUAGGCAGGAUGGCAGCUCUAUUGAAGCCGGACGAGGCUAUAGAGCAAUUAGAUGUAAGAACAGUUGCUGUCUCACCGUUAAAAUAUAAUGCGAAGCGGGAAGAGCUGGAGUCGUUUUUUGGUCAACAUGCGAAGGUUACAAGUGUGAGGAUGCCUCGUCAUGUUGGUGACAAAAGGGUUUUUUGUGGCACUGCUUUGAUCGAGUUCUCAUCAGAGGAAGAUGCUGAAAAGAUAUUAAAUCAAAGCUUGGUUUUUGAAGGUGCCGAGCUAGAAUUAAAACCAAAGAAGGAAUUUGAUACAGAAAGAGCACAAGAAGAAGAGGAAUUUGAAAAUUCCCGUUCCUCAACAGGCCCCCAUAACAAGAACAGUUCCAAUGGAGAGGGCAACUACCCGAAGGGCUUAAUUAUUGCGUUUGCUUUAAAGAGUAAGCUAGCUGGAGGUUCUGCAGAACAAAAUGGUGCACAGGAGCCUGCCAAUGGUGAUGCAAAUGCCUGUGGAGCAGAUGGAGGGUCAAAUUCAUCAGAGAAUACAACCAAAGAAAAUGAACAGACGGUGCCAGAAAAUGUCAAGACUGAUGAUGAAAACAAUGUGGAUCAUGUUGAUGGGGACAAUGGCUCUGAAAGCACAGUAAUAAAAACUGGAGAGGAGAAAUCAUCUGAAGAUUCAAAUGAAAAGGAGGAAGGGAAGGAAAAACCUAACCCAGCUGCUUCCAAGGAUGACAAGAAUGUUGUUCUGCGUGAAGAUCUGAAGGCUGUCUUUGAAAGAUUUGGCACUGUGAAGUAUGUUGAUUUCAAGAUGGGAGAUGAAUCAGGAUACCUUCGAUUUGAAGAAGCAGAAGCAGCUCAGAAAGCUCGAGCAGCUGCAGUACUGGCUAAAGAAGAGGGUCUGGUUGUGAAGAAUUUCAUUGCCACUUUAGAACCUGUGACUGGUGAGGCAGAAAAGGAAUACUGGAACCAACUCCGUGGACAAAAAGAAAGGCGAUUUGAAAAUAAGGGCAACCGAGGAAGGGGUGGGAAACACUACAGGGGUGGUGGCAAACAUCCCCGCUCUAGAGAAAACAAUUAUGGGAGACCAAAUAAAGCUCACAAAGUUGGAGCAUCAUGAGAGCUAACCAUGCCUAUAAUUGGUUUUGUGACAAUUUUGUAUGACACCUUAAUAGUACGAAUGUGAUACAAUCACAAUGGAUCUUGAUCUCCCUGGCAUCUUUUUUGUCUUGAUAAGCUACAAAAAUGUGUUUCUAUUUGUAUUUUUUGUUGACUCUUAAUUUAUUCUAUAGUUGGAAAUGACUCUCGAAAUGAAUUAAGAGUUUGAUGGGUGAUCUCAAA